AUGGACCCCGCAGAGGCUCUAGAUGCUCAUUUUGAAAAUUUUCAUCCAUGUAUAUCUGGAAAAGCAGCUCCAAAUUGCCGUUUGUUUUUGAGCUUUCACUUCUUAUUUUUCCAAUCCAUCUCUCACUCUACGGCUUUUCAAGAAUUUGGUGCCCAUUUGAUUAUUCAAGGAGUCAAGAAAAUGAUCAUGAGCAGGAGAUUAGCAUGUUGUACAAGAGACAGAGAAAUCAGUAUUGACUUUGAUGAACAAGAGAGAAUAGUGACAUACAAUGGCCUUGAGAGCUGUAUACUCAACAGUCAUUCUUUUGACAAUGCUAGUAGCACUAGCAGAGGAGACGGACGUAUCACUGAUUCCUUGGAUGAAGAUGACUCAAGCUGCUCGUCUAGCAAUAAUGCUUUUGGAUCAUUCUCUUCCCUUUGGACGAUAAUGAAAAAGGACGAUCGGGGCACAGACGAAUGGGACUUCUCUGCAAGCCCACUACACUACUAUAAAAAUGAAAAACCAAGCCAGAAUUCAGAUGUUGAAAUGAUGAAAGAAAAGUUCGCAAAGCUGUUACUUGGGGAGGAUAUUACGGGUGGUACCAUAGGGGUUUCUGCUGCAUUAGCAUUAUCCAAUGCCAUAACUAAUCUUGGAGCAUCCGUUUUUGGUGAGCUUUGGAAGUUGGAACCACUGCCAGAGGAAAGAAAGAGCAAGUGGCAAAGAGAAAUGAAUUGGUUGCUAUCCCCGACUAACUAUAUGGUCGAAUUAGUUCCUGCAAAGCAAAAUGGCAUCAAUGGCCGGACAAUGGAGAUAAUGACCCCGAAAGCUCGAUCAGACAUUCAUAUGAAUCUCCCAGCAUUGCAGAAGUUGGAUUGUAUGCUUCUUGAAACGCUCGACUCAAUGGUUGAUACUGAGUUUUGGUAUGCGGAAGUGGGUAGCCGAGCAGAAGGAAGAAGCAGAAGUGCUGGCCAGAGCAAGAGAUGGUGGCUUCCUUCUCCCCGGGUACCUACAAUCGGGCUCUCUGAGAAAGAGAGAAAGAGGUUGCUACAUCAUGGUAAAUUACUUUAUCAAGUAUUCAAGGCUGCCAAAUCUAUAAACGAAAAUGUCUUGCUCGAAAUGCCCGUUCCUACCGAAAUCAAGGAUGCAUUACCAAAGUCUGGAAAGGCAAGCCUUGGUGUCGAACUCUAUAAAAUAUUGACUGCAGAAUCACUUGCAGCUGAGGAAAUGAUCGGUUGCCUUAAUCUGAAAUCUGAACAUGAAGCUCUUGAAGUUGUUAACAGAUUGGAAACUGCAAAGCUUGCAUGGAAAGAGAAAAUCACGGAGCAGGAAAGUGGCAAAUCUCCAGUUCGAACAUCUUGGUCUUUUGUGAAAGAUCCAAUAUCAGAGCUGGAUAAGGUGGAGUCGUUGGUGAACCAAGCGGAAAUACUUCUGCAGCUGCUAAAGACCAAGUAUCCCAAUCUUCCUCAGAGCUUCCUUGACGUUACGAAAGUUCAAUAUGGAAAGGAUGUGGGGCAUUCGAUUCUGGAGGCCUACUCUCGAACUCUAGCUAACCUGUCAUUCAGCAUUCUCUCUCGGAUAGGAGAUAUUCUGCAAGAAGAUGUUGUGAGCAAUCCCAAUUCACCCGUGGCAAUUUCACACCUCAUUGGAGCUAGAAUUCCUGGGAUAUCAGAUAGUCCGAUUCUGGACCGUGUGAGGCACUCCCUUAUUCAUCAGUUGAACGGUGUUGAUGGAAAAUCACGGGUUUCCCACGAUACUGAUGCUUCUGAUAUUGAAACUCAGUUUUCUGAAGCUAAAAUAAGUAGUUCAGUCAAUGCAACACCAAGUCGAAGCCGAGUAUGGUGCAUUGGUCGAGAGGCUUGCCACAGUGUAUCUGCUCAAAAUUCCCCAUGA